UCUUGUGCUCCCAGGCUCCAGAUCCUCCAGAGAAGAGGGCAUUGUGCCUGAAGGGUAGGGAAAAAUGAACCUCAGGUCUUCCUCUUCAGAGGCUGGCAAGUAAAGGAUAUAUGUGAAGAAGAACCCCAGGAGCUUCCCUGGGGUUACCAGAGGCUUAGGGGCCUAGUGACCAGGAAAGGGUGGUGCUCAGGGAGGCUGGUGUUCUUGGGUUAAUCAUCACUGUGCCUCAGAUAAGGCCCUGCCAGCUGGAAGCAAAGUCAGUGUGACCAGAGGGUUUGUGUGGCUAAAGAGACAGUGUGUCCAUAGUGCAGGACCAUGCCGGGCACGAAACGGUUUCAACAUGUGAUUGAGACCCCGGAGCCUGGCAAGUGGGAGUUGUCUGGGUAUGAGGCAGCUGUGCCAAUCACAGAGAAAUCAAACCCACUUACCCAGGACCUGGACAAAGCAGAUGCUGAAAAAAUUGUUCAAUUACUGGGGCAAUGUGAUGCUGAGAUCUUCCAGGAGGAGGGACAAGCCAUGCCCACGUACCAGCGACUCUACAGUGAAUCAAUUCUGACUACCAUGGUACAAGUGGCUGGGAAAGUUCAAGAAGUACUAAAGGAGCCUGAUGGGGGGCUGGUAGUGCUCAGUGGAGGGGGCACCUCAGGCCGCAUGGCAUUCCUCAUGUCAGUCUCCUUUAACCAGCUGAUGAAAGGCCUUGGACAAAAACCUCUUUACACCUACCUCAUUGCAGGGGGUGACAGGUCUGUGGUGGCCUCUAGGGAGGGUACAGAAGAUAGUGCCUUGCAUGGGAUUGAAGAACUGAAGAAGGUGGCUGCUGGGAAGAAGAAGGUGAUUGUUAUUGGUAUUUCGGUGGGACUUUCUUCUCCCCACCUUUGUGUCUCUCUGGACCCUAGAAAUGACCCCAUUGAAGACUGGAGUUCAACAUUCCGACAGGUAGCAGAGCGGAUGCAGAAGAUGCAAGAGAACCAGAAAGCUUUCGUGCUCAACCCUGCAGUCGGGCCUGAGGGUCUCAGCGGCUCUUCCCGGAUGAAAGGUGGAAGUGCCACCAAGAUCCUGCUGGAAACCCUGUUAUUAGCAGCCCAUAAGACUGUGGAUCGGGGCAUUGCAGCCUCUCAAAGAUGCCUCCUGGAAAUCCUGCGGACAUUUGAGCGGGCCCAUCAGGUGACCUAUAGCCAAAGCCUCAAGAUUGCCACUCUGAUGAAGCAAGUCAGCACCAGCCUGGAGAAGAAAGGCCGAGCAUACCUGGUGGGCUGGCAGACCCUCGGCAUCAUUGCUAUCAUGGAUGGAGUCGAGUGCAUCCACACCUUUGGCGCUGAUUUUCGAGAUAUCCGUGGUUUUCUCAUUGGUGAUCACAGUGACAUGUUUAACCAGAAGGCUGAGCUCACAAACCAGGGUCCCCAGUUCUCCUUCUCCCAAGAGGACUUCCUGACCUCCAUCCUGCCAACCCUCACUGAAGUUGAUACUGUGGUCUUCAUUUUCACUCUGGAUGACAACCUCACAGAGGUGCAGACACUGGUGGAGCAGGUGAAAGAGAAGACCACGAACAUCCAGGCCCUGGCACAUGGCACUGUGGGACAGUCCUUGCCGGCCCCUCUGAAGAAGCACUUUCCUUCCAUCAUCAGCAUCACAUGGCCACUGCUUUUCUUUGAAUAUGAAGGGAACUUUAUCCAGAAGUUCCAGCGUGAGCUAAGCACCAAGUGGGUGUUGAAUACAGUGAGUACAGGGGCUCAUGUGCUUCUUGGGAAGAUUCUCCAAAACCACAUGUUGGACCUCCGCAUUAGCAACUCCAAGCUCUUCUGGCGGGCACUGGCCAUGCUGCAGGUAGGAACAUGGUGGGGCAGGGCUGGGUAGGGGCUGGUCUUGGGG